AUGGAAGGAAAAAAGUUUUAUUGAAAACUCAUAAAAGCAAACACUGGAACAGGAUGGUUCUUCCAACAGUCAUUUCUUUUGUUUCUGGGGUGAUAUUAAGACUAGCAUUGUUUAGAACUUCACUACCCGAAUGGCUUGCCACGAAAACAGAAGUUGUUACUCCGCUUACAUCAUGGGGACGUGCAAUGGAAGGACUAGCACUUCACAAAGAGGGUAUUUCCCCAUACUCUGGUGAUGUUUUUCAUGAGAGUCCUUUGAUGUUGAAAGUUCUUGGAUUCAUUAGCAGAUUUUCACCAAAUACCAUCAAUCUUAUAUUUGUGCUACUGGAUAUUAUCCAAGGAAUGAUUCUGCUCCGGAUAUCUAAUCAGUUUGGAAGAUACGUGCUCCAGAGACAGGCAUCAAGAGUUAAAGAUUUCCACCCAGAUGCUAAGAAGUUUUUACUCCGAAGGGAAGAUGUGUGGGAUCUUCAGUUUUACGUAACAGUGGCAUUUUCCUUCAAUCCGUACAGUGUAGCUACAUGCCUGGCAAAGUCCACAGCUGUGUUCAACAACAUUGUUAUCCUUCUUGCUCUGUAUUAUAUGUUAAAAGGUAAUCCAAUAAUAUCUGCAGUUUUUGUAGCCUUGGCUGCAUACAUCUCCAUGUAUCCCAUUAUUCUUUGUGUGCCUGUUGCAGUAUAUUCAAUAUUGAUGUCAAGAAAGGGGAAGGUGAGCUUCACAGACUCGGCAGCUUCUAUGGGAUAUCUCCAGAUAGUGUGUAUCACAUUUAUAGCAUUGGCUGUAAUGUUACUCUUCUCCAUGUUGUUUGUGGGAUCAUGGGAAUUUAUACCAUCCACUUACGGUUUCAUACUAAGCGUUCCUGAUCUGACCCCAAACCUGGGACUUUUCUGGUACUUCUUCACCGAGAUGUUUGAGCAUUUUAGAACAUUCUUCAUCUGCGUUUUUCAAAUAAAUGCUGUGAUAUACACCAUUCCACUUGCAAUAAGACUAAGAGAACACCCCACCUUUCUGUUCUACAUGCUGCUGUACACUAUCGGAAUCUUUAAGUCCUACCCAGGCUAUGGAGAUGUGGGUCUUGUACUUGCCUUACUGCCUUUAUGGAAGCAUGUUUUCAAAUAUAUGAGGAAUACUUUUGUGACCGUCUGUAUGUUCCUAGUCACCACUGUGUUUGCACCUAUACAGUAUUACCUUUGGAUCUAUGCUGGAAGUGCUAAUGCAAACUUUUACUUUGCCAUAUCCCUUGCAUUUUCUACAGCACAGAUUCUGAUGGCUACUGAUCUGCUGUUUGCAUAUCUGAAGAGGGAAUUUUACCUCCUCAAUGGAGACAAGCACAAGCUUCCUGAUGGAACAGAUGCUCAGAUCAUCUUAGACUCAUGAACAAUGGACUCAAAUAA